AGGGACCUAUUGCUGGGGCUGCAGACACGACCUAGAGCUGUAGAUCAGUGGCCUUUUUCCUCACCAGGGGAAGUUGCGCUUAACCUGUCGGGGGACAGGACAGCGACUGGUCCACACGACAGGUGUUUAUCGAGGAGAGCAGUGCUGAUGUGAGGCUCAAGGAGCGCUGAGUCUCCCUUGGCACCAUGGAAUCUCCGUCAGCCCAGACUCCCCCACCACCGGCCUCUUUGACAAAAGGCGGUCACCCCUUGCUUUCUACCGGGCCUCUGAGUGGCAUCCUUGGGCCUCAAGGAAAGCAUUACAUAUGCGGCUCCAUGGCAGCUUUCACCAACAUCAUGGUGACCUUCCCCAUCCAGAAGGUUCUCUUCCGUCAGCAGCUACAUGGCGUGUUGGCGGUGGAGGCGGUACGGCAGCUCCAGAGGGACGGCCUCAGAAAUCUUUACAGGGGGCUGCUCCCCCCGCUGCUCCAGAAGAGCACCACCGUGGCAAUCAUGUUCGGCUUGUACGAGGACUUCUCCCGAGUCCUUCUGGAGCGGGCCGAGGGCAGCGGCCUGCCGGAACUGGUCACGCGAAGCUUUGCCGCUACGCUGGCGGGUACAGCGGAGGCAUUCCUGGCCCCCUUUGAGCGUGUGCAGACGCUCCUUCAGGACCACCGGCACCAUGGACGCUUUAACAACACAGCCCACACUUUCAGGACACUUCUGACAGAGUAUGGCGUCAGGGAGUGCUACCGCGGCCUCGUGCCCAUAGUGCUCCGCAACGGCCCCAGCAACGUACUCUUUUUUGGACUUCGAGGACCCAUAAAGGAACAACUCCCAGAAGCCACAAGCCGCGCGGGUCACCUCGUUAAUGAUUUUGUGUGUGGGGGCGUUCUGGGGGCGGCACUCGGCAUCAUGUUCUACCCAUUAAACGUCAUCAAGUCGCGGGCUCAGUCACGGGUUGGCGGAGCCUUCCAGCCGUGCAGGCAGGUGCUGCUAACGGUGUGGCGGGAGCGAGGCAGGAGCGUUGCCAUGCUCUUUCGGGGGGCUCACCUCAACUACCACCGCUCACUCCUCUCCUGGGGCAUCAUCAACGCCACCUACGAGCUGCUGCUGAAGCUCAUAUGACGGUUUAAGAGAGAAAAUACAUGGCUGAUCCAGUCAGGAGUAGGAGAACGUAUGAACAAAUUGAGACAUGGUGUGACCUAAUGUUUCCAGAGAGAUGAUGUUCCACGUUAGUGUAAGCUGAACCCCUCCACACCGACAUGAAUUUGUGUAACUCACAUUAUUUCAACUGUAUACAAGGGUCCAAUGAGGUGCAAAACCUCCAGCCGAGCACCUUUUUUGUUUACAGUAUCAAGCAAAAGUUAUUUGAGGAGGUUUGAGUGUUGUGCGUGCCGUGUGUUUUGUGGAGCAUUAUCUCUGUUGGUUUGUUUGAGAAAAAGCACUAAUUUGUUGAAUUCUCCCAAUGAAUUGGCCUUAAUUUAUUUCUUCUGAUGGUUCACUAUCAGCCACAUUCAAAUGUAAUGGGAUAAGCCUCCGAAUUAUGUUAAAGGGGAGUUUGCAAUGUAAAAAUACAAAAAGCCUUUUUUUCAUAUUUGUGAAAACAGUCGUUGACAGGAGUACAUGAUAAAUAUGAUCUGUGGAGAAAAAAUCUGCCUUUUGAUUUGUGCAGUGGUUUCUUGUAUAACAAGGAGGCACAAAAUGGGGUCCAGAGACGGCUGAUUGUUUUUCCGCAGGUCAUAUUUAUCAUGUACAACUGUGAAGUUAUAAUGACUGUUUAAAAAAAAAUCUGACAUCAUGUUUAAAUUGCCAACUCAUCCCAUGAAGUGGCCAUUUUUGUAUGUUUAAUUGGCAUUGAAGGUCAUAGCACCCAUAUACAAGCCCACAAGCAUGAUAAGCAACAUCCUUUACUGAUGCAGUAUUUGCAUUUAUUAUUGGGAAAGUAAUGUGAGCUCAAAAACUACCUUCGUUUUGUUUAUAAUUGUGACUGGCAUUUAUUUUGGGUUCUGCACUCGCUCUCAAAUGUGUCCUUCCUGAUGUCACUCUUGCUCUCCUCCACUUUAACAUCUGUUGACAUAAUGGGCUCACAUUUCACACUCGAGUAGCCACAGCCAGUCAGCACGCAGCCGCCCCUGAUCGCCUGGAGAGGCGUACAGGCGGCGCUGUUUGGGCACACAGCACCAUAAUGGCAGCAGAGGAAAUGUUCAGUGGCACAAAAAGCUCAAGCUGCCAUGUAAAUAGACCACUUGGCCUAUUUCUUAACUGCUUUUCAUUUUCAACAGUCUACAAAGUGUUGCCUUUUAUAAGGUUUGGCUUCUAUGAACAUGAAUGCUUUUCCCUGAAGCGCAAGCGGUUCAAGCCAUUCCUUGCAAAUGUUGAAAAUCAAUGCAAAUUUUGCUGUGUCAUUUCUGCGGAAUAUAUUGAGAAACAUUUUCUUUCUUCAUUCCCAUAAAUGACAACAAUGAAGUCAGUCUUUUCCUUUCUCGAGCCAUUCUGUAAUUCCCUAACCUUUUCAGCUCCUCUGCAGGACCGAAAGCCAUUUUACCAUAACAUUGCCAUAUACUGUAAAUAUGAUGAAGACCACAGAAGACAUCAUGUCAUGGAUCAAAAACCCUUUGAUGAGAAAUUUCACACUGACCCAUUUUGAACCAAAAACCUAACUUUGGGAAUCCCUGUACCUCUUAUUUGCCUGACCUGUCCUUGCACAAAAGUGCUUACUCCUAAUGCAUUCUACCUUAGCAUUCAGUGUCAGCAACAACUGAUUAAACAUUGGACGCUUUCUUCUGUGUUUACAAAAAUCAGUCACGUCACUGUGUGAAAGUGUUUUUCCACAUGUGCCUCACUGUAGACUUUCUAGAUGACUGAAUCAAGAAGUCAGACAGAUAAAGAUCAGAUUAAGGGCAAUCUGACCCGGUUGGAAGGGGGACUGGAUCAGGGUGGAGGGCUGAGCUGCUGUGGUUACAAAGCCCAUCAGCUCAAGUGUUUUUCAUUGGGACAAAAUUAAAACCUCUCUGUGCUUGAAGGCAGCGUAUAAGUGUUCUCAAUCAAUGUGUUGCCUGGUGAAAGAGAAAACAUCAAGAGUUCUGCAGUAAACAUUCCCUGGCCACAACAUUAGGUAAACUCCCAGUAAGGGAACUAAAAAUAUCUAGUUACACAUAUGGUGGUUGUAAUUUGCUGCAAUUUAAUUCCGCUCAUUGCACUAAAACAGCACAAUAUUUUGGUUAACAUAUUUAGCUACAUGAUUUCAGUAAAGAGAAGUGCAGUUUUACACCACUGUAAACUACCACCGCAAUAAUAAACGUUAAAUAAAUACUGUCAAUAGUGUCAUGGUUAAACAGAGCGGAAUUAGAACCAUAACAAAAAUGUUGAACGAUAUCAAUCCCCCGGCACGGUGGAGGACUAGUUAGCACAUGGUGUCUCUCAGUUCUGAGGACCGGGGUUCAAAUUCUGGCCCCGCCUGUGUGGAGUUUGCUUGUUCUCCCUGUGGCUGCGUGGGUUUUUGCCGGGUUCUCCGGUUUCCUCCCACAUCCCAAAAACAUAUAUGGUAGAUCGAUUGAAGACUCUAAAAUUGCCCGUAGGUGUGAAUGUGAGUGGAAAUGGUUGUUUGCUUCUAUGUACCCUGCGUUUGGCUGGCGACCAGUUCAGGGUGUACCCCGCCUCUCGCCCGAAGAUAGCUGGGAUAGGCUCCAGCACGCCUGCGACCCUAGUGAGGAUAAGCAGUACAGAAAAUGGAUGGAUGGAUAUCAAUCCCAAGCCUCCUGAGUGUUAAAGGUUGUGUCAUUUAUUCCCAAACAAAUACAUUUCUGAGUACAUCUGCAGAAUCGUGGGUACAGAGACAUGACUGCGGAUGAAAUGUACAACCGUAUCCCAGAAGGAUAACAAACAAUGAGGUGACACAGGCACUAGUUUUUUACUUGAGCCUGUUAAAUGCAACAGCAGUACGUUAUGAGUUCUACUCUACGUCCAGAUAUUGGUGCGCAGAUGUAGGCUUCUACAGAGUGGUGACUUUUUAAACAUGGCCUUUCACCAUAAGAAUACAUCCUCGCCAACGUAGUUUUGCUUUUCCCCAUUUGUAUAAGCAGAUGUUAUUCUCUACUUCCCAUGUGGUGUAAACAAGCAGAUAAAGUGAACACUGACAACUCACAGACAUCAGUAUGAAGUCUUUAUACUGACAAAUUCUAAUGUCAUGCAACUUUGCCGAAUGUUGCAAGUCAAAAUGCAGCUAAGUUCUUUAGAAUUGAGACACAGGCCAAAAUUUCAAACAAAGAAAUCACCCAUUAUUUUCAGACAAACAUAAUGCAGUUAUUGUUGUUUUUGAUGUUGGCACAACAAAACAAAAAGUAAAGAGAGAUGAGGAGUUUGCAUAGCCAUAAAUGAUAGUGACAUAAAAAGACAUAAAAAGGUAAAUUUUUUACCUUGGUGUACAGCAUUUCUCACUAAAGUGUUUACCCAGAAAGGAAUGCAUCAGGGAGACAGUUGUGGAUGUUUUAAGACUUUUGAUCAUUGCUACAUUAAAACAGUGUCAACAGUCACU